CGGGCGGGUUCCGUUUCCGGCAGCGGCGGGACUGGGCACGACGGGACGGCCAUGAGCUUCCUGAAGCGGUUCCCGCCGCCAGCCGAGGGCGUCCGGCACCAGCAGCCCCACACCGAGGCCGUGCUGGGCGGCCGCGCCCUGGGCUCCGGCACCCUCUACAUCGCCGAGAGUCGCCUGUCAUGGUUUGAUAACUCUGGUCUGGGCUUCUCCUUGGACUACCCCACCAUAAGUUUGCAUGCUGUCUCCAGGGACCUCACUGCAUAUCCAUGGGAGCAUUUGUAUGUCAUGGUGAAUGCCAAAUUCGAAGAGGAAGAGCCAAAAGAAGAUCCCAUGGCCGAAGGGGAAGAGGAGGAGGAUGACAGCGAUGAUGAUGUUGAACCCAUUGCCGAAUUCAGAUUUGUUCCCAGCGACAAAUCAGCCUUGGAAACCAUGUUCUCAGCCAUGUGUGAGUGCCAAGCCCUGCACCCGGACCCGGAGGAUGAAGAUUCGGACAAUGAUUAUGAAGGGGAUGAGUACGAUGUGGAGGCUCAUGAACUGGGACAAGGUGACAUCCCCACCUUCUACACAUACGAGGAAGGAUUGUCUCACUUGACUGCAGAGGGCCAAGCUACCUUGGAGAGACUGGAGGGCAUGCUGGCCCAGUCUGUGAGCAGCCAGUACAACAUGGCGGGAGUGAGAACAGAAGAUUCUGUAAGGGAGGUAGAAGAUGGGAUGGAGGUGGAGAUAGCACCAACAGUUGCAGGGCAAUUUGAAGAUGCAGAAGUUGAUCACUGAGGACACACUGCUAUUCCUCUAGUGCCACUUCCAGAGUAAGUUGAAGGCGCUGCAGUGACUAUCAGAAAUUAACCCUUCUGUAUUAAUGACCUAAGCAUGGACGUCUAGGUCUGUAAAUGCUUUUAUAGAUGUGCUUUAAAACAGGGUUUGACAUUUGUGACCACUGUGGGUUUAUUUAAAGGAUAAAACAAUAAAACCUCUUGCAUUUAACACCUGAAAGGGGCUAAUCAUGGCUUGUUUCUAGGAAGCCUUUGUAGAAAUUCUAGGAAUUAAGAGAUAAAAUUGUAAUUAGAACAGAAUUCUAGAUUGUCCUAGAAUUUUUCCAUAUUUUUGUACCUGUUCAGUGAGUCGGCCACGGAUGAUAGAAACAGAAAUGUUACAAGAUUGGCGAAGAGAAGUAAGGUCAGGUGAGGCUGCAAAGCAAACUAAAUUUAAAGCCCUGCAAAACUGACUUUAUCUGUUCAGUACUCGUGUGCUGUCAUUUCUUUAAUGACAGUGCAGGGGUGCGGGGAGAGACUGGGAUGCAAUCCAUGAAGUCAGGAGAUGAGCUUUGUUUUGUGUCUUCGUAAUAAAUGUUUAACAAGCUUGUUAAAUAAACUUAGACUUUUGUAUCUCA